GGGGCUCCGGGUUCGGCUCAGGCGGGGGCCGGGUUCUGGCCCCAAGGAAAGAGCUAAGGCAGAUUUGGCAUCGUGGGGUGGGUGUGGGGGGCUGAGCCUCAGUUUCGAUCAGAGAAGGCGCUGAGGCCCCCUUCAGGACUGUUUGCUUGUGGCGUGAAUGAGGAGUCGGGUUAGGAGUUAGCCCUUUCCGUGACACUCCGACAGAUCCUCUCAUUUCAUAGGUAAAUUGUGCAUUAAUAUGGGGACUGGAGAGUCCAGGUGAAGCAGAGUUUUAAAGAGCUACGUUAAUUAAAGCUUACUUGCUGAAACCGCGCAACUCAGAUGGGAUUUGAACCCAGCUAAAACUCAGAUUGGGACUUAAGCCCUGCAGGCUGGGACCGGAACCUGCUGUCUUAAUUGAAAUCGCACACCUGGUCUCAGGAAGUUCAGGUUCUUUAUGUUUCACUGCAGUAGGAGUUGAGCAGGAGGCAAAAUGAUAGAUCCAUAUGUCAAACUUCUACUUGAUGCCAUGAAGCAUUCAGGUUGUGCUGUUAACAAAGACAGACACUUUUCUUGUGAAGAUUGUAAUGGAAAUGUCAGUGGAGGUUUUGACUCUUCAGUGUCUCAGAUUGUUCUGUGCCAGAAUAAUAUCCAUAAUCAGACCCAUAUGAACAGAGUGGUCACCCACGAGCUCAUUCACGCGUUCGAUCAUUGUCGUGCUCACGUCAAUUGGUUCACCAAUGUCAGACAUUUGGCCUGCUCUGAGGUUCGAGCUGCUAACCUUAGUGGAGACUGCUCACUUUUAAAUGAAAUAUUCAGGUUGCAUUUUGGAUUAAAACAACACCAUCAGACUUGUGUGCGAGACAGAGCCAUUCGUUCUAUCCUGGCUGUUAGGAACAUUAGCAAAGAAGUAGCUCAGAAAGCUGUUGAUGAAGUUUUUGAGUCUUGUUUCAAUGACCAUGAACCUUUUGGAAGGAUCCCUCAUAAUAAGACCUAUGCAAGAUAUGCUCAUAGAGACUUUCAAAACCGUGAUCGAUACUACUCAAAUAUAUGAAGACAAUGAUAUUUUAUACUAUAGAGCUUCAGUGAUCAUGAAGAAAGUAUGGUUUCUACGUGGACAAACAUAAACAAUCAAUUAAAUACAGGGAAGACACAGAAGAUGCUGAUUCUAACAUCAGAAAAAGUAACUGUGGUGAGAAAUGAAAUUGCCUUAAACGCAAAGGCAACCAUUGUAUCUUUGUAGCUUUGGAUCUUUAUUUACCAGUUGGUAACUAAAGCAAAUAAAUUGUUCAUUUAAAAUUUUCUACAA